AAGUCGCUUUUCAACCGCUGGCAUGGAGACUCUGAGGUCAGCCGCCGGUCGCCUCCCGGGCGCUCUCUUCUGCGCCCUCGUCCUCUUCUUGCUCGAAGGAUCAGUUGUUUACCAGGCUUAUGCUGUGGAUGUAGAAGUGAAAGAUGCAUCCAAUGAGACAUGCCUAUUUGGAAAAUGGAUUAUGAACAUCUCUAUAACAUAUGAAACUGAACACAAUGAAUAUAAAAACACAGUUCUUACGUUCCCUGAACAUGUAACGUAUGAUGGAAGCAGUUGUGACAACGAAAUAUCUGGCCCUGUGCUAGCAAUAGAGUUUGGAGAAGGUCAUUCUUGGAAUAUCAGCUUCACGAAAACAAACGACACCUAUCAAGGGAUCAUCUCCUUCACCUACAACACAAAUGAUACAGCACUGUUUCCAGAUGCUAAAAUGAAAGGACCAAUUACUACCUCUACAAACUAUCCUUUGCAUCCAGUUGAUCUAGACACAGUUUUCAUUUGUCAAAAUGGGGACUUCAUUGAAUCUGGCAGUGUUAUACAGAACUUCCGGAAUGUCAUUCUUGAGGCCUUUCUUCCAUCUGGCAACCUAAGUAACCAAAAGACCGUGUGUGAUAAAGAUGCUGUGGUCACCCCUGAGCCGCCUGCUCCUGAUACCACCUCCACUAAUACCACCUCCAUCACCAAUACCACCUCCAUCACCAACACCACCUCCAUCACCAACUACACCACAGUGGAGGCUAACGCAACAAUGUUAUCACGUUCCAUCAGCCAACCAGAAGAGAUACCUGCCACAGGAACCUACUCUGUUAAAAAUGACACCGAGAUCUGUCUUCUGGCAACCAUGGGGCUACAGCUGAACAUGGCAAAGACUCUUAUGAACAUUAAUCCAAACACAACUAAAGCUAGCGGGCAUUGUGGCAAUACAUCUUCUAUCCUCACCCUGACAGAUACCAGCAUCGUGGUUGACUUCACUUUUGCUCUCAAGAACACAAGCAUUGAAAGAUUUUACCUGAAAGCGGUGGACGUCACUGUGACCAACCCUGUAAAUGGAACGCAGUUUGCUGGAAGUGACAAUCUCACUUUCUGGGAGGCCUCCCUCGGAAACUCAUACAUGUGUCGAAAAAAGACGAAUCUUAUAGUGACUCCUUCAUGUAGCCUGAAUGUCUUCAACCUAAGGAUCCAGCCAUUUCAAGUACAGAAUGGCCAGUUCUCCAUAGCACAAGAGUGUUUGCUGGAUGAUGACACCUAUCUAAUCCCAGUUAUAGUUGGUGCUGGUCUUGUGGGCUUGAUUAUGAUUACAGUGGUUGCUUACGCGCUUGGCAGAAGACAAAGCCAACCCGGAUAUCAAACCUUGUAAAUUUUGUGUGACUUGUUCUUGGCUUUGGCUGUGAUUUCUAAAGAAAAGUGCAAGCUCCCAAAUCGAAACCAGCCACCAAAAAGGUCCGCAAUUCUCUCCUCCUUAAAACUGUGGAGAUGGCCCUCCAAAACAAAAUAUGAUCAAGAACGUACCUCUUCUGAACAUAAUAAGGACAUCAUAAAAAUGUAUUGGGACUGACUAAUGGCCAUGGCAAAACCAGCCCAAGUAAAGUUAACCUUGCAAAUACGUUUGUAUGUGAACUUCAUGUAUGGAAAUAUACCUGAAAAGCGGGCAAUGGUACAAAAAGGAAUCACUUAGGGUGACCCACUUAGGGUAUCAGAGCAGCAUGGAAAAGCUGGUGUUUGUACUUAACUGCUUUGUAUACUCCAUCCUUUACAACUGAAACGUAACCUGGCUGACUUGGUGACUGUAGCCUAGGAUACCAGCCAGGGAAGCUGUGCAGUGCUUAAGCAGCAUUUUUCUAGCUCAUGGCAUUCAGCAAUUUGAAUCCCUUCAUACCCACUUCAGCCCAAGCAAACCUGAAUAAUGCCAGCAAGGAUGUAAAAGCUUUUCCUUUACUAGCACCGUGGCACUAGUAACUUCUGAAGCUUGUGAAUCCUAAUUACUGUCUGGUCCUACCUGGUCAUUUGGAAAACCGCAGAGCUGGAUCUGUGGAAGCUUAGUAUUGCUAUCUUGCUAUUUGCAGGGAUAGAGGAGGAACCCUUCAUCUUAGCAUUCUCAUUCCUUUCUUUAAAAUAAAGGAGAGAGAAUCAGAGUUCAAAGUGCCCUUAACUUUUACAGCAAAUCACUGGGCUUGCUGUUAAAAGUCUUUUGGUUCCAUUGCAGCCAUUGAUACUGUCUUGAACUGUUAAAAGUCUGUUUAUACUUCCUUUUGUGCUAAAAUGAAAACUAUGUUCUUGGUUAUACAACCUUGGAUAUUAAAAAAAAAAAGAUCCAUGAUUAUCACUACAUUUGGGGCAAGCUGCUACCUGAAGUAUACUGCCAUGGGCAGGGUGAGAAAACUUGUUCAAAAAUAAAUGCCUGCUCUGCAUUUUGCAGCAAAUGACUUUGGUGUACAAAACUACUCAGUUUCCAGUAAGAGAUUUCGUUACAUAAAAGACCACUGAAAUAUGUAGAGUUUCUGCAACAAUUGAUUCUCUAAAUGUGUAGAGUUCCCUCCAAAAGUGAACCAUCUGUUCUGAGAGUUUAAAUUGUGCCUGUUCAGAACCACCUCGGUUUGGAAUCCUCUAGCCUAGAUGAGUAAGAGUGGGAUUCCCCUUAAAUCAAGGAUUAAUUCACUGUGACCCUUUAGCCCUUGUGGCUCAUUAUGUUAAUUAUGAAGAGAACAAGGUAGCAACCCCCACCCAUGCUGCAAUUUAUCUGCUUGUGUUUCCUCCUCCAAACAUAAAUCGACUUGCCUAAAUCACCCUUGUGAGCUGUCUGCUAGAAAAGUCUUUCCUUUCCUUGGCUUGGCAAUUUGAUGAUUUUUGCAUGUGUGUUUGUGUUAACACGUACCAUCUUACUUAAUUUGUCAUAGCAAUUUGUCAUUGCACAUAUGCCAUAACAGAUUUAGACUAGAUGCAGUGGGUCAGAAAUGAUGGCAAAAUGUGUCCCGGAAAGCUAAGCAAAGUGCACACCUUCAUCUCGAAGGUAUAGAAAUGCUUCUGCUAAGCACACGAGCUUUUCUACUUAAAAUCUGUACAGCUUCAAAGUGACUGGUUUGUGUUAAAACACCUGAAACGUUAAUGUCUGCUUUAAUCUGUUGAAGCCACUGUCUUUCUUAUAUAAUUGUAUUUCUACGUAAGGACUUGAUUGUCUGUGCACAAAAUGCUUUAAUAAAGAAUCUUCUGUUCCUAAGGAA